CCUAACCUCAUUUCGCUGUCAAAGAUUUUUCUAGUUUCUGGAAACCCCAAUAAUUGAGGAAAAAUUAUAAUGUACAAUUGUUUGAGGUAAAUACGCCCAUGUAACUAUUUGUGGUUACAAUUACCGAAGGACCAUUGCUCUAAACGGGUGACUGUUAUGUCGACUGUUGUGAAACUUGAAGUCGAUAAUGAAGUGAAGCAAGAAGUAAAAAUCAAUACAUUAAUUGAUGAGAAACUUUUACUUAAUGAAACUGUCUCCGGAACGAUAAAAGAAGAAAUUGAUGAGGUCGCACAUGUUACACAGAUUUGGAAAAAUGAAAACAGUGUCAAGCAGGAAAAUGUGGAUGAACAGUUUCCAUAUGUUGCCGAACCCCCAAUUUCAAAAGGUCUUAAUUGUGCCCACUGUGGUUACACAACCAAUAACAAAAACAUUUUGAAAGCGCAUCUCCGAAUACAUAAAAUUGGCCAAGAUUUGAAAUGUGCACAGUGCGAUUUUGCAACAAAUAAUAAAUCACUUUUUAAAACACAUCUGUUAAAGCACAUCAAUCCCAAGAAAUUUAAUUGUGCUCAGUGUGAUUAUCAAACCGAUUUUAAGUCAAAAAUUUCGUCACAUCUGUUAAUCCACGAAGGAACGAAAGAUUUUAAAUGCGAUCAGUGUGAUUAUGCAUCUACCACCAAGUACAGUUUAAAGACGCAUCUGCUUUCACACAAAAUUUCGAAGGAUUUUCAAUGUGCUCAGUGUAAUUACGCGACAAAUAAUAAAUACCAUUUUAAAGCGCAUCUGUUACGACACGACACUUCCAAGAAAUACAAAUGUUCCCAGUGUGAUUACGCAACAAAUAAUAAACACCAUUUUAAACCGCAUCUAUUACGGCAUGAGACUUCGAAGAUUUUCAGAUGUGCUCAGUGUGAUUUCGCAACCAAUUAUAAAUUCAGUUUUCAGUCGCAUCUGCUAACACAUAAAAUAUCCAAGAAUUUAAAGUGUGUUCAGUGUUAUUACGAAACCAAUUAUAAAUCCAGAUUUAAGUGGCAUCUGUUAACACACAAGACCGUUUCCAAGGUUUUUAAAUGUGCCAAGUGUGAUUUUGUAAGCAAUUACAGAUGUAAUCUUAAAUCACAUUUGCUCAUUCACAACACGUCCAAGAUUUUCAAAUGUGCUCAGUGUGAUUACGCAACCAAUAUUAAGCAGAAUUUAAAAACGCAUCUGCUAACACACAAAACUUCCAAGGAUUUUAAUUGUGUUCAGUGUUAUUACGCAACCAACUAUAAACUCACUUUUAAAAGACAUCUGUUAACACACACCGCGACUUCGAAAAAUUUAAAAUGUGCUCACUGUGAAUACACCACAAGCGAUAAAUUAUGGUUGAAACAGCAUUUGUUAAAACACAAAGCCGGAAAGGAUUUUAAGUGUGGAGAGUGUGGCCACGCGACCAAUAACAAAUACUCGUUUAAGUCGCAUCUUUUAACACACAGGGCCUGUGAGGAUUUCAAGUGCCCCCAUUGCGAUUACGCUGCCAAUAAGCAGUGCUAUUUAAAAUCACAUUUAUUGACACACAAGACUUCCAAAAACUUUAAAUGUGCUCAUUGCGACUAUGAGAGCAAUUACAAAUCCACUUUGAGAAGUCAUCUGUUGGCGCACAGGGUUUCCAAGAAAUUCAAGUGUGCUCAGUGUGAUUACGCAACCGGUAAUAAGAACCUUUUUAAAGCACAUCUGUGUUAAUGCACAAGUCCUCGGAGGAUUUGAAAUGUGCUCAGUGAAAUUGCAAGAAACUAAGUACAGAGUGUUGCAAAUACUCUCUCCAAGCUUUGCUGUGGGAUUUGGCUAUACUGGAUUUGCACAAAUUAGUAGUGUAUUUAUUUAUU